CGCGGGGCGCGCGGGAGCCGGGGGCCGCAGCGGCGCCGCUGAGCGCGGCCCGGGCGGGGCGGGACCGGCCGCGAUGCCGUGGUUCCCGGUGAAGAAGAUCCGCAAGCAGAUCAAGCUGCUGCUCCUGCUGGUGCUGCUCACCUGCGCCGCGUGGCUCACGUACGUGCACCUGAGCCUGGUGCGCCAGGGCCGCGCGCUGCGCCAGCGGCUGGGCUACGGGCGAGAUGGCGAGAAGCUGAGCGGCGUGACGGACGACCGGGGCGUCCGGGCUAUGCUGUCCACGCAGAGGGUGGAGGACUCCAGUGAGAGCCAUGAGGAGGAGCAGGCUCCUGAAGGGUGGGACCCAAACAUGCUGUUUCCUGGGGGCGCUGGCAGGCCAACCCCGCAGAACCUCACCCACCAGGCGCCCCCGUGGCGGGAGGAGUACAAGGGGCAGGUGAACCUGCACGUGUUUGAGGACUGGUGUGGGGGCGCCGUGGGCCACCUGAGGAGGAACCUGCACUUCCCGCUGUUCCCUCACACUCGCACCACCGUGAAGAAGUUGGCCGUGUCCCCCAAGUGGAAGAACUAUGGACUCCGGAUUUUUGGCUUCAUCCACCCGGCAAGAGAUGGAGAUGUGCAGUUCUCUGUGGCUUCGGAUGACAAUUCUGAGUUCUGGCUGAGUCCAAACGAGAGCCCAGCGGGUGCCCAGCUGGUGGCCUUUGUGGGCAAGACUGGCUCGGAGUGGACGGCUCCUGGGGAAUUCACCAAGUUCAGCUCCCAGGUGUCCAAGCCCAGGCGGCUCAUGGCCUCCCGGAGGUACUACUUCGAGCUGCUGCACAAGCAGGACGACCGAGGCUCGGACCACGUGGAAGUGGGCUGGAGAGCCUUCCUGCCUGGCCUGAAGUUCGAGGUCAUAGGCUCUGCUCACAUCUCUCUGUACACAGAUGAGUCGGCCCUGAAGAUGGACCACGUGGCCCACAUCCCCCAGUCUCCAGCCAGCCACGUGGGGGGGCGCCUGCGGCAGGAGGAGCCCAGAGCCGACAUGCUGCGGCCUGACCCCAGAGACACCUUCUUCCUCACUCCUCGGGUGGAGCCUUCCAGUCUGGAGAACGUGCUGCAGCCCUGUGCCUACGCCCCCACCUACGUGGUCAAGGACUUUCCCAUCGCCAGAUACCAGGGACUGCAGUUUGUGUACCUGUCCUUCGUUUACCCCAAUGACCACACGCGCCUCACUCACAUGGAGACGGACAACAAGUGUUUCUACCGCGAGUCUCCGCUGUACCUGGAAAGGUUUGGGUUCUAUAAAUACAUGAAGAUGGACCGUGAGGAGGGGGAUGAAGACCAGGAGGAGGAGGUGCAGCGCCGAGCCUUCCUCUUUCUAAACGCCGACGGUGAGUGUCCCCAGUGCCCCAGCCCGCGUGCACCUGGGCCGAGCAGCUCACCUGCGCUUCCCGCAGACUUCCUGGACGACGAGGACGAGGGGGAGCCGCUCGACAGUCUGGAGCCCACCGAGGCGCCCCCACCACAGAGUGACCACCGAGUCCCCGCCCCGGAGACCCCCACACAGGCACUGGGGACCCCCGCCCAGGCCAGAGCCACCCCGGCCCCAUCAACGCCUCCCAGUGCCCAGGACGAGCUGGCCCGCAGGCGCUCCCGGGCGCUGAGCUGGGCCGGUCACCCCCUGCCCCUCCUCUUGGGCCGCGCCCCCCGCCCCCACACUGCUGCCCAGAAGCCGCCCGCGAAGGUGUACGUGACGCGGAUGCGGCCGGGACUGCGGGCUCCCCCAGCCCUGGCGCCGCUCAGCCCACGCGGCCCACCCUGGCCGCCUUUCCGCGGCAUCUUCUUGCGCCCUAGACCUCUGCCCAGGGUCCAGCUGCGGCCGCCCCCACGCCCUCCCCGGUCUCGAGGCCGCAGGACCGGCAGCCCUCAGGCCACAGAGCUGAGGCCCCUGGUCCGGGUGCAGGCCACCCAGGGAAGCCGUGAGGGCCAGGCACGCGUGCUGGGACUCGCGGCACCCACGGCGGACUUGAACUCGUCGUCCGAAGCGCGGCCUGUGACCUCCUUCCUGAGCUUGUCUCAAGUGUCCCGGCCACAGCUGCCUGGGGACGGCGAGGAGGAGGAGGAAGGGGACGAUGAUGGGGCCCCUGGUGACGAGGCUGCAUCAGAGGACAGCGAGGAGGCAGCCGGCCCGGCACUGGGCCACUGGCGCGAGGACGCCAUCAACUGGCAGCGCACGUUCAGCGUGGGCGCGAUGGACUUCGAGCUGCUGCGCUCCGACUGGAAUGACCUGCGCUGCAAUGUGUCUGGGAACCUGCAGCUGCCCGAGGCUGAGGCCGUGGACGUGGUGGCUCAGUACAUGGAGCGGCUCAACGCUCGCCACGGCGGGCGCUUCGCCCUCCUGCGCAUCGUGAACGUGGAGAAGCGCCGCGACUCCGCGCGCGGGAGCCGCUUCCUCCUGGAGCUGGAGUUGCAGGAGCGCGGGGGCGGCCGCCGGCGCCUGUCCGAGUACGUCUUCCUGCGGCUGCCGGGAGCGCGCGCCGCGGACGGGGACGGGGACGCAGAGAGUCCCGAGCCCGCUCCCGCCGCCUCCGCGCGCCCCGACGGCCGCCCGGAGCUCUGCCGGCCGCUGCGCCUGGCCUGGCGUCAGGACGUGAUGGUACACUUCAUUGUGCCAGUGAAGAACCAGGCGCGCUGGGUGGCACAGUUCCUGGCGGACAUGGCCGCACUGCACGCCCACACCGGGGACUCGAACUUCAGCGUCAUCCUGGUGGACUUUGAGAGCGAGGACAUGGACGUGGAGCGGGCCCUGCGCGCGGCGCGGCUGCCCCGGUACCAAUACCUGAGGCGAACCGGAAACUUUGAGCGCUCCGCGGGCCUGCAGGCUGGAGUGGAUGCAGUGGAGGAUGCCAGCAGCAUCGUUUUCCUGUGCGACCUGCACAUCUACUUCCCCCCCAACAUCCUGGAUGGCAUCCGCAAGCACUGUGUGGAGGGCAAGCUGGCCUUCGCGCCUGUGGUCAUGCGCCUGGGCUGUGGGAGCUCGCCGGGGGACCCGCACGGGUACUGGGAGGUGAAUGGCUUUGGCCUCUUUGGGAUCUACAAGUCAGACUUUGACCGCGUUGGAGGCAUGAACACUGAGGAGUUCCGCGACCAGUGGGGAGGCGAGGACUGGGAGCUCCUGGACAGGGUCCUGCAGGCAGGGCUGGAGGUGGAGCGCCUCCGACUGCGGAACUUCUACCACCACUACCACUCCAAGCGGGGCAUGUGGGGCACACGCAGCCGCAAGGGCUCCCGCAUGGAGCGACCGUGAAGACGAGGCCACCCCCCAGCCCUGGCCACAGUCCUGCAGUGGCAGCAGGAGGCCGGGCUUGUCACAGGGCGCGGCCACCACCUGUGCCUGCUCCUCUCUGGCCUCCGUGGCCCUCUUUGCGCCCCUCCCCAGAGAGAGGCACCUUCACAGCGGGUCGGGGCCCGGGCUUGGUCCCCACACUCUGUGCGAUGAUUUCUGUGAAAUUUUGCUGUAGCGAUGACGUUGUUUUCAGGAUUUCCGAGAGUUCUGUCUGUUCCGUUUUUUAUUCAGAAUGAAAUGAAAUAUUUUUUUUAGUUCUGA